AUGGGAAACUGUCGCCGAGCAGUAGGGGAUUUGCUGAGUUCCUGUGGUGCCAAGAGGCCGAGGGAGGAAUCGCCCACACCUGGGCACCUGGCGACCGCGAACCCCGGCUGUUUGGUGCCGGGCGGACGGACCCUGAGUCCCCAGACACAGCCGGUCCCUCCGCCACCGAGGAGCACGGCAUCGACCCGGGAUCACGUCAGACAAGAAAAUCAGAGCAACACUAGCAGCUCAGUUGGAAGGGAAAGAGAACACCAGGCCAAAACACCUGCUUUCCUUUUUCUCACGCUGUCAGGUGAGGCCUCAGCCAGCAGGUGUGAAUUCCUGUCCCUGGAGGUGGCUGGGGGCCCAGGCAGCAGCUUUGAUCUGGGACACUCUCUGGGCCAUUUGGAGAGGCCGCACCUCCCAGCCAAGUGCCAUCGGUCAGUAGGUGGUGACAAUGACAGCUCCGGCCCAUUAAACCCUUCAGCGCACAAAGGAGCUGUAGGGAGCAGCUCUGUGGGGCCAGCACAGGCGGCCACACCUGCUGGGGCUCCCGGAGGGUCUGGCCUUGCUGCCCAGGCUGAGUACAUGGCUGGUCAGAGCUCGCCGCAAACCCCGGCUCCUGGGCCCAGUGACCCUCGGCCUCCCAAGUUCUGGGAUCAUGGGUGUGAGCCACCCCUCAGCCCCACGCCGACUUUCAACCUGGUUCCAUGUCUGUGAAAAUCUGGGGUGCAGGGGCAGGUUGAGCAGCACCUGUGCCAGUCCCUCCUCUCCGCCGCCCUGCAGCGGAACCCUCUCCGUAACAUCCCGAGUCCUGCUCCCAGGCUGGCGGGGCGUGGGGUGUCUGCAGCGUCCUCCAGGCUGGCCGAGCUGCCCGCGCCCGAGGGAGCCGCAGGCACAGCUGAGGCAAAGACUCUCAUCCUGUCGGGAGCCAGGGAACGCCGAGUCCGUGACCUCGAGGAGCUUUUGUGAAGCUCAUCUCCGCCUGCCCUUUCCUUCCCAGCCUUUCUGGGAAGCGGCCUCGCCUGUGGCCCAGGCUUCGCUCCCCACUCGCCCCUGCCUGGCCUGCGCUCCCCACCCGCCCCUCCCCGG